CCAUCCUCGGCGCCCUCCGCGCUCGCGCAGCAAAUUCUCGACCACCGCGCCCCGACCUACACCUUCACAUUCACGCCCUUCCUACGCAAAACCCACGGCCACGGCCUGGCCCCAAACCGGCCCAUUUGCAAGUCCUUCCUCGCCGGCCACUGCCCCCUGGGCACCUCCUGUCCCGACCGCCACUCCUCGCCGUCCUCGUCCUCAAACCAAAACGCCAGCUAUAACAGCCUCGUCUGCAAGCACUGGCUGCGCGCGCUGUGCAAAAAAGGCGAGAGCUGCGAGUACCUGCACGAAUACAACCUGCGCAAGAUGCCGGAGUGCAAUUUCUUUGUGAGAAAUGGGUACUGCAGUAACGGGGAUGAGUGUCUGUACCUGCACAUCGACCCGCAGAGCAAGCUGCCGCCGUGCCCGCACUACGAGAGGGGGUUCUGCCCGUUGGGGCCGAAUUGCAGUAAGAAACACGCGAGGAGGAAGCUGUGUGCGUACUACUUGGCGGGGUUCUGUCCAGACGGGAAGGGGUGCAAGGAAGGUGCGCAUCCGCGGUGGGAGAAGAAUCUGGAUCGGCCUGUGCCGAAGAGUGAGAAGGCUGAGGAGGAUGCUGUGAGGAGGGAGCAGAUGGAGAUGAUGGAGGAGGACAGGGAGAUGAAGAUGGAGAGAGAGGGGGGUGCAGGGGGGCGGGAUCGGUUUGGGGGAGGUAGAGGCGGGAGAGGAGGGAGGGGUGGAUGGCGGGGCAGAGGAGAGAAGCGCUUUGGAAGGGGUAGGGGCCAC